GGCGGGAGAUGUGUUGCUGCUGCGGCUGAUAUUGCUCCAGUACGGGUCGGGUGAAAAUUAUUAUUUGCCUCAGUUUUAAUUUCAAGUUGUAUCUUAUUAAUCAGUAAGCGAAAAACAUGGAGGAGUUCGCUGUGUAUGCGGUUUUUGGACCAGACAAAGCGCCGCAGCAGAUUGCAAAUCUUUGUGGACAUGGAGGCAGAUUGGCAGUAAAGCCAGGUGUCCAGCAGAUUGUACUGUUUACUAGAGGAAGAUGGGGAAAGUGCAGUAGUGUUUCAGUUGAACUCAGUGAUGAGAGGGACAUGCUUAUCACUCUGGGCAAAUUAACACCUUUCAACAAAUGUGUUUCUUGGGAGUUAGGGGAAGAUGGUGUAUGGAGUGAUGGAGCGACAUUAAAUGUUCAUAUCAAGGGGGUUAAAAGUGAGUUGCUUGAUCCAGCACUUACCAUUGCACAAAAGGAAUACACUCCAGAGUGCAGCACCACAACUGCGGUACGUAAAGCAGGGCUGGGGAAGAGGAAACGGUCGCAAGGAGAGGAAGAAGAGGGAGAGGACACAAAAGGACAAGAGAAUAUUUGCCCAAACUCUUCAGAAAAGGUAACACCACAGCGGCGAGGCAGGAGCAAUCCCCGCACAGGACAAACACGGCUGUUCCAGCAAGAAGAAAAGCAGAGCGCCACCCGUACCCCCCUGAACCCUAAAGCUAAAGGAAAACAACAAACCAAAACCCCUACGCAGACUGAAAGUCCAUCAGGCCGGUGGGGUCAGACCCUCUGUCCUAUUGACCCUCAGACAGCCAUACUUAUUGGAGGACAAGGUGCCAGAAUGCAGCUCUGCAAGGAUCCUAUUUGGAAGCUGUGUACAGAGGACUUGUCAUGGGUCCCUGCUGAAACUCUGGCAGAGGGCCCCACACCAGAGGCUCGGAUUGGCCACACAGCGACUUACGACCCCGAAUCAAAGCGGAUCUUUGUGUUUGGUGGCUCCAAACAUAAGAAAUGGUUCAAUGACGUCCAUAUUUUAGACACACAGAGCUGGCGCUGGACUAUGGUGGAGGCACAAGGUAAAGUUCCUCCUCUGGCCUAUCACAGCUGCUCUCUGUUCAGGGGAGAGCUUUUUGUGUUUGGAGGCGUGUUCCCUCGUCCCCAUCCAGAGCCUGAUGGCUGCAGUGACUCCCUCUACAUUUUCAACCCUGAAAUGACCAUCUGGUAUCAGCCCAUUGUUAAUGGAGACAAGCCUUCUCCACGCUCUGGGCAUUCAGCUUGUGUGAUGCAGGGGAACAUCUUUAUUUUUGGAGGCUGGGACACACCAGUCUGCUUCAAUGACAUGUUCAUGCUUGAUCUGUGCCUUAUGGAGUUUUUGCCUGUGCAGACGAGUGGAUCAGCCCCCUCACCACGGAGCUGGCAUGGCUGUGCUGUUCUGUCUGAGUCACGUUUCUUGGUCUAUGGAGGCUACAAUGGAAAUGAUGCUUUGAGUGACACAUUUAUAUUCAACACAGACACAAAUUGCUGGACUUCUUUGGCAUGUAGUCAGCUGACCUCAACACCAAGAGCUGGACACUCCAUCAUCACCAUGGCAACAGCAUGCGUGAAGGGUUCCUCUGAUGAUCAAGAGCAGGUUGCUGAGUCUCAAACAUUGCUCAUAUUUGGAGGAGGGAACAACGAAGGCAGCUUCUUCUCUGACUUGAUCACUGUGCCAGUGAAGGAGCUGUGUGGAUGAGACUCAGUGCUUUGGUGAAGGGACUAUGAGAUUAAAUAGAUGCCUGUCUUUAUAUUUCAAAGGUUUUAUAUUAUGUUUUUGUUGCAGAAGUUUCAUGAUGUCUUAAAUGGAAAUUAUUAGCACUAGGGCCUAUGCUGACUUGGCAUUUAAUCCAAACAUAAAGACUUGAACUCUUAUUUGUGAAUAAAACUGAAAGACAUUGUGUGAAAAUGUUUUAAAGGUGUAUAUUAUCAUUAAAAUGUCUAAACUAUACAUAGAAACAGUUGUUGUGGCAUGUAUUCUGUUCCAAAUAUUUUCAUUCAUCUUUGAUAGUUUUAUCGUGGGUCAAGUUUCUCUGUACAGUCUUACGGCUUUGAAUUUCACUCCAUAGGACACUUCAACGAAUAGAUUUUAUAGUUAUGAUUACUGAAUGUAGUAUCUAGGGAACCAUCAACAAUUUGUCAGGUAACCUCUACUCAGUCCAUUAAUGAAAAGCACCACUCUGAGCAGAGCAAGGACACUGACAUGGUACUAGAUGUUGCUCUUAUACAAGUGUAUCAGACUCAUGGUAUGUCACUAGUAAUAAUGGGUUGAUAUAACCAUACCCAAAAAUAUCCUGCUAACAGCAGUUGUGUGGGCAGAAACAGACCCAGAUGAAGGAUUGGAAGACUAACACCUUGUGUGUAUGUAAAAAGAUGAGCAAGUAUUGCUUCUGUACCUGAUAUCCUUGAUACCAGUGCAACCACAUUACCGAACUCUACCAUGCCAGUGUCACCACCCAAAUAACUGGUCUCUUUCUGCUAAUGGACAGAUUAGUUGUUGGGUGUUAAGGUGGUGCAGGAAGUAAUGUUACCACCUCACAGCUCCAGUAUCCUUGGUUUUGAUCCUGUGUUCCUGUACAUGUUCUCCUCAUGCUCGUGUGUGUUUUUUCUGGGUUGUCUGGUUUCCUCUCAACUCUACCAAAACACAAACAUUCUGUUAAAUGGAUUGGCUAUGAUAAAUUGCACCUAGGUGUGAGUUUUAAUGUGUGUAUUAAAGGCUGUAUUCCUACACAUGUUCCCAUGACCAGAAUAAAGCUUACUGAAAGUGAACUAGAUUACGAAGAGCCAGUGUAUUAUGGUAGGUACGUAGGUUUACCUGAUAAAAUGGCCUCUGAGUGAGCUGAGAGAGUAUGUUGUUGAGAGAGGACGCUGGGUGUCAGCCGCAGUCUUCACUGAGCUCGGUGUUCCGGUCAGAGGCGGCAGGAGCUGAGGUGAUGUUUCCCGCCCCUCCACUGUGCGGCGGCCGGCCAUGUUGCUUCGCGUUGUUCCGGUAUUCCGCACUUUAUCCACCAGCUUGAGCCGCCGCUCUUGUCAGUCGCUAAAGGAAGAAACCGACUUAAACGGUGUGAAUAAUGGAUUUUUUUUUUUUUUUUUUUUUUUUUUUAUACAACCCGACGACUUUGGACGUUACCCUGAACUGUAGAUAGUUUACUGCGUGCCUCAUAUGUCGUAUUUGUUUAACGAGUAGAGACUGUACUCGUUUCUGGGCGGACUGUGGAGGAAUCUUUUUUUAGUUUUUUGGGGAUUUGCCCGUCUGAAGGCUGACUAGAUGUAUGUAUGUAUGUAAGGAUGGAUGGAUGGAUGAUGUAUGGAUGAUGUAUGGAUGAUGUAUGGAUGGCUAACAGUUGCUAGUGCUUGUCUGUGUUAGGUUAGUUGGUUCAGUUCCGCUGUACACCACUGUAGUUAGUGUCUUACAUUGGGAUUGGUUAACGUUGAUUUGUUUUUAUCUACCGGUAUCGGU